AGUCCUGUUUACAUCAAACACCAAAGAGAUCCUUGAGUAGGAAAUCCCGGAUACCUACUUUCAGCUCUCCUCUUAAUGACACUGACAUACAGCAAGAAAUUUUCUGGGAUCCUCAUUCACCAACUGCACACAAACUAGGCAGUGGGAAAACCAAACAGUCUACCAGUAGAUGCGCAGUAGAGAUUUCAGAAAUUGUUAACCGUAUUGCUCCUCAGGAUGAAAAAGCAGCCUGUAAUGAAGGCUCCCUUUUAGGGACAUGGAUUGGUGAUGAUGCUAUUCCCUGUACACCUGGAGUAGUAAAAGUGCGAGCUAGGACAAAGUUAAGCUGUACAAGAGAUCUUAAAAUAAAAAAUCCUGAAGAGGAACUCAUGAAAUUGGCUAAGGAAUUUGACAAAAAUCUAGUAGAGCUAGAUACUGUACAGGAACAAGGGAAGAUUGGUCAUGACUUCAUCCGGACUGCCUCAGAGUCUUUAAAUAAUUCUAAAGAUGAAGUAAAUAUUAAGAACUUGAAAUCAUUCCUUGGUAAAGUUUCUGAAACAGGUAUUGCUCUGUCUCUUAAACCAGUUGGACAAAGCACUGGCAUCCCUGCUGCGGAGCCCUGUCAGUCUAUCAGUCAAAAGUCUAUAGAUGUUGAGGCUGAAAUAGCCCUUCAUGCUCUUUUUGACUGCUCUACCCAGAAAUGUAGUGGACAGUUGAGCCCAGGACUAUCAAGUAUUUCUUUAAAUAAUAGUGUCCAUGAAAAUAAAGGCACCUUAGAAGAGGAACGCCUUCCUCAGCAACAUGGUAAUUCAGAGGCAUAUCAAAAACAUGCUCCAUGUGAACUAGGAAGCGUGAACCAGACUUUUCCAAAACCUGAUACUCAUAUGUUGACAAAAAAAAAUCUUUGUUCUCCAAAGACACAACUGGUGGUCUCCAGUAAGGUUGCUGGAAUACUCGAUGAUUUUGAUGACUGGGAUACAGAUUUUUUGGCAGAUGACUCUUUUGUGAUGCAAAUAACCCAAAAUCCUGAAUUGAUGAGUAUUGAAGAAGUACCACCAAUUCCUACAAAUCUAUCUGUGCAUGGUUUCAAUGAUGCUAGCAGAACAAAGGGAAGUACUUGCAAUUCAGUGACUUGUUUGGGGAGUAUAUGCAAAUCUAACAGUUUGCAGUUUUCACCUUUGAAACAUUCUACUCAAAACACGCAAAAUGUUGUAAAAUAUCUUUCCUUACAACCGCCAUAUAAGACAGAGACCAUAGCCUUUCAUGGCAAAUGUGAUGUUAAGCCAGAUAAAAUAAAUUCUAUUUGCACAAGUGCCCCAAACAGUGAUCUGAACUAUAUUCCUGUUUCAACACUAUCUGAAGUGAAGAAUGGAAAUGAAACUACUCAGCCUAAAAGUGACCCUCUUCCUGUUUUUCCUUCAAGAUCUAAUCCUCAUAGACAACAGACUCAAAAACCUGGGAAUAAUUCACAGAGUGUUUUCUGUCAAACUUCCAGUGUUUCUACUAAUAUGAAACCUACUGAUCUAACUAAAGUGGUUAACCAAGGUAAUACAGGUCACUCAAAUGAAACUGAAAUACCAAAGAAACGUCCUCCGUCAUUUGAUGACUGGAAUGAACCUAAGUUCUCUGAUGAGAUAUUAGAUAUGUUUUGUGACUCCGAUAGUCUUUGGGAUGCAAACUGUGAGGAUGAUGAAUUGUUGUAUCAGAUGUGUGAUGAUAUCGAAAAGCAGACUCAGAGCCAGGAUGUUAAACAAGGAAAUGAAAGAGCUAAAUCUAUACAAGGAGACAGUAUGAAUUCUAGAUCAAAUGCUGGUAAUAGCUUCCCAGCAGCUAAACAAGGACUACUUGAUCACCUCUUGGCACAAAAAACAAAUGCAAAACAGGACACUUUAUCACUAAAUGAUUCCUGUAGGAAUUCAUCAAAGGUUACACGUGGGCUGGCCACAACAGGUCAUGUAGUGAUCUGUAAAAACUUCUCAAGUCUUCAAACUCUGAUCUCUGGUACUUCUAUAGAGUGUAAAUACACGUCUAAAAACUGUCGUCAAGCUGCUUCUGAAGAUACUAUAAAGACUGUUUCAGGAAAAUGGUACAGGUCAAAUUCUGUGCCAGCAGGAGAGACUGGUUCUGAAGUAACUCCUGUUAAUGCAGUAAAAGUUUUUAGCAGCAAAACAUUAGACAGCCCAGAUUUUUUGUAUAAUGUGGCAAAGAUGCCAAGUAACAGUUCUGGUAACAAAACAUCACUUAUGCCUUCAAAGUUUAAGUUCCGAAAAACUAACAAUACUCAGGGUGCUCUUCAUGUAGAGUCUGAAAAUCCAGGGAGUCACUCUGGCAUCGGAAUUACUCUGCAAGGUUUGGAAGGAAGCAAAAAUCAGGUGAAUGUGACUUUGCACAGCAAGCUUGACUGUAAGAAACCACCUUUCAAGAGGCACCUUUCAGAGUCUUUUGCACUGCCUACAUCAGUGUCUGUGGUAGAGCAAAAAAACAGAAAAUGUUCUCAAGAAGAGAUUGAAAGAAAAAAACAAGCAGCUCUUGCACGAAGAAAAUCUAGAAUGCAGGCAUUCUUUAAAGAUGCUUGA